AUGAUUUUAAAGUUUAUUAUUCAACAAUGUGUUUUUAAAGUUGCUAAAAUAUUUUCUGAUAAUUUAAUUCAAAUUUUUAUGGAUAUUAGUUCAGUUUAUUCAUCAUCAACUUUAUUUUUUUCAAAAUUAUCAUUAUUAAUGUGUAAAGUUUUUAAUUCAAAGUGUGCCGGCAUAAGUGUACUUAAUAAAGAUGGUUUAUUCGAUACAAUUGCAUUUUGUUCAUCAACUCAAGAAUUAGAAAAUUUUUCAUAUAGUUUAAAAAAAAUUAGUAAAAACAUUACCUAUUAUGAUAACAUUAAUGAAAUUUUUAAUAAUUCAGAAAUUAUUAAAAAAUAUAAUUUAAAAAGUUAUAUGGAAAUACCAUUAAAAGAUUCAAAAGAAUUUUAUUUUGGUGAUAUUGUUUUAUUUGGUGAUCAAACUUUAAAUCCAAAUAUUUUAGAUACAAAUAUUUUAACAUUUAUAACUAAUAGAACUUCAAUGGAAUUUGAAAAAAAGAAAGUUUCAGAUCAAUUAAUUAUUGCUAAAAAUCUAUUAGACCAAUCACCAUCUUGUAGUUGUUUAGUUAGUAGAAAUGGAAAAAUCAUUAGAAAGAUUGGAGCGUUUUAUGAACGUUUAUUGGGUUUAGAAAUUGGGGAGAAUAUUAGUUCGGUUGAAAAGAGUUCUGAUAUUAGUACCAUUUUAAAACAAGUUUGUUUCGAAAAUAAUAAUCUUUCGACCGAAACAACAAUAACUAAAAAGAAUGGAGAGAAAUACCCAGCCGAAGUAUUUGUUAAAGAGAUUAGUGAUAUUCAUUCAAAUUCAAUUGGAAUAAUGAUUAUUGUACGUGAUAUUACCGAUCAAAUAAGAUUAAAAGAAAUGAAUAUUGAAUUACAAAAGAAAUCAGAAUUGGAACAAAAAAGAAAUCAAGAAUUAAUGGAGGCUAGAGAUUUGGCAUUAACAGCAACAAAAAUUAAAUCUCAAUUUCUUGCUACAAUCAGUCAUGAAAUUAGAACACCUCUAAAUGGAAUUAUAACAAUGGGAGAAAUGUUAUUAUCAACUAGUCCUUUAAAUACGGAACAACAUGAUAUAGCUGAAACUAUUUUUGGUUCAAGUGAAUUACUACUUUCAAUUACAUCAGAUAUUUUGGAUUUUAGUAAAAUUGAAGCAUCUAAAUUAGAAUUGGAAAUGAUUGAAUUCGAUUUUAUUGGUUGUUUAGAAGGUAUUGGUAAAACAAUUGGUGUUUCAAUAACUAAUAAACCAAUUGAAAUUGCAUUUUUAAUGGAUACUGAUAUUCCUCAUCGUCUUAUUGGUGACCCAAAUAGGUUAAUUCAAAUUAUGUUAAAUAUGGGUACAAAUGCUGUAAAGUAUACCGAUAGAGGUCAUAUAGUUUUUAGAAUUUCCGUUAUCUCUAGAGAACAAAAUAGAUGUAAAAUUAAAAUUAGUAUAGAUGAUAGUGGUAUUGGUAUUGGUGAAGAUCAAAGAGCACAUCUAUUUGAACCAUUUCAUCAAAUCGAUUCAUCAUCUACUAGAAAAUAUGGUGGAUCUGGUCUGGGUUUAGCAAUUUCAAGUAAACUUGCAAAAUUAAUGGGUGGCGAAGUAAUAUUAGAAAGAAGUAAACCAGGUGUGGGUUCUCUAUUCUCUGUAACUUUAAAUUUUGAACAAAUUGGUUCAAACACUUUAAAAUCUUUACUACCGGAUAAAUCAUUUUCAAGGAAUAAAACUUGUAUAAUUCUAGACAACUAUGAAUAUACAGCAUCAAUAGCAUCUCAAAGAUUUGAUCAAAUCUUUGAAGAAUCAAAUAUAAUACUGGUGAAAGAGUCAACAGUUAAAAAAUUCUUUGAAUUAGUUCAAGAAUAUAAAAUUAAUGGUGAUGUUAACAAAAUUGAUUUAAAAAAUCUUGAUCCAGAGCUAUUACCAUUCUUUGAUUCAAGUUUAAUAUGUAUUAUUGUUUUCCAUAGAUUCAUGGAUAAUCUAGAUAUAUUUUUAAAGUAUGUUAAAGAUUUCAUUGAAUUUUAUAAAAAGAAAAUUGUGGUUGCGUUGGGUAUCAAUCAUAAAAAUUUUAAAAAUUUACCAAAACGUAGAGACUUUUUAAUUUUCAAAAAACCAAUUUCCUCAACAAAUUUAAUUAAAGUUUCAAAUAUGGCUCGUAAAAUAAUACCAAAAUCUUCAUCAUCUUCAAAUUUAAUUCAAACAAUUUCACAAAUUGAUAAUCAACAACAACAACAACAACAACAACUACAACAACAAGAACAAGAACAACAACAUCAACAACAACAACUUCAACAAGAACAACAAUUUGUAACCAUUUCUCCACAUAGUGAUAGUAGUGAAAAGAAAACGACACCAAAGAAAGAUAGAGGUAAAUAUGAUUUUAAUAUCUCACCUUUAAGAAUUGAUAGAUUUGGUACGGAAUCAACAUCAUCACCAAAAAUUAAACUAUAUUCCGAUACAAGUAGUGAUAGUGGUGAAUCUGAUGAAUUUGAAUUCAGUGAAAAUCUUCGUGAAUUAAAGAGUGAUGGUGAGUUGGUAGUUUUAAAAAAUCAACCAUAUAAGGAACAAAGAUUAUCAAAUAUUCAAUUAAUCAAUGACCCAAUAGUAACUCCACCAACUCCAAAGGCAAAUUCUGAAGUUGUAUCAACAAAAGCUGAAUCAACAUUUUUCCAAUCAUCAUCUAUAACAAUUAAAGAAACAAGAAGUGAUAGUGUUAAUAGUGUAAAUAGUGUUAAUAGUGUUAAUAGUGUUAAUAGUUUAAACAGUGAAAAUUCAAAUAAUUCACUAGAUGUUGGAAUUAGAACAAGACCAAGAAUACUAUUAGUUGAUGAUAAUGCUGUCAAUAGAAAAGUAGUUAAACUUCAAUUGAAAAAAUUGGGUUAUGACUGUGAUACGGCUACCAAUGGUUUCGAAGGUUUUGAAAUGCAAAAAAAAGAUAAUUAUGAAUUAAUAUUCAUGGAUUUAAAUAUGCCUCUAUGUGAUGGUUCAAUGGCUUCAAAACUUAUUAGGUCCCAUGAAGAAUUAAAUAAUUAUAAAUCACGUGCAAAUAUAGUUGGUCUCUCUGCAACUUAUUUACAUGGUUCAAAAGAUUAUUGUGUUUCAAUGGGUAUGGAUGAUUUUGUAGUAAAACCACUUAAACUACAACCCUUGGGUGAAUUAGUUAAAAAAUAUUUAGAAGUUGAAAAUAAUAAUAAUAAUAAUAAUAAUAAUAAUAAUAAUAAUAAUAAUAAUAAUAGUAAUAAUAAUAAUUCAAAUUCAAAUUCAAAUCCAAAUUCAAAUUCAAAUUCAAAUUCAAAUUCAAAUUCAAAUCCAAAUCAAAAUCCUAAUUAUUGUAAUAACUUACCAACUGAUUUUAUUUAA